AGUCAAGCCACAAACGUAUCCCAUGUACGAGCUGCCCCCCAGAAAACCCACCGAAGAGCAUCAGUUUGAUUACUCAGCUCGUGUUUCUGGUGUUGAUCAACCCACACCAGGGGUAUUGGAGCCUAUGAAGUCCCACAGUAUCACAGUACCCCAACAUAAUGGUGCUGAACAGAAUCCCUAUUCUGGAGGCUCCUGGACAGUACCAGGGUGGGGUCCAACAGGACGGUGUCCUUGGUACAGCCAGACUCAGUCACCGUAUGUCUUCACACCUUCCGUCUCUAAACCGUCAUCCGAGCCUCCCCCACCCGGUGUGGACGAUGGAGGAGACAGCCCUCUCCUGGAUGAAGGGAGAUACGACAACAGCUCCAUUGAUCGUAUCAUUCACGAGGUUGACAGAGACUUCACCAAGGUGUUUGACAGCAGCGUGGAGAAUGCAGAAAAAGUGCCGAUUCAAGAAGACGUCAGGAAAGUUGAGUUUCGUGACAAACCCGAUGUGGAGACCUCCUCAGCUCGACCUUUCUCUAACGUCGAGGCCCUUGUCAAUGAACUGAUCGCAGCAGGUAGGUCUGCAGCUGACACCACAGCACCGGCCAAAGAGGACAACUCAGAGUAUCUGUACGGAGAGUAUGGGACACCGAUAAAACCUGUCCAGAAAGUGUCCUGUUCUGUAGAAUCAGGUCAGAAACAUCACGACAAAAGCAAAAAACAGUGGGGAUCAUUGCCAUACCAGGGGGAGUUCUCUCUACAUGUCGAUCACGAGGCCACAGAUGAGAUCGUUGUGGAUCUGUUGAAGGACUUCUUUGAGCAGAUAUCGGAUACUCUAGGGUCCUACAACCUUCCACAGGCAGGUUCCCAGCCGGAUGUGCUGGGAUCUGCUGGCUUGAAGGAUCAAGGAUCUCAUCUCCCAGCACUAUCCAGCCAGGCAGUGGCUAUGGUCAGGGGGAAUAAAAGACAUGCCGAGAUGGACCCAUCUCAGGAAAGACUGUUCAAGUGGCAGAGGUUUCACAGUAACAUGGAAGAUGACUCUGCUGAGGAAGUGUUUCAUGUUGAUGAAGAGGAUGCAGAUCGGUUCAGAAGCCAUCUAAACCAACUGUCCAAACACUGUUCUAAAGAAUCCCACUUCAAGGUGGAUUCUGUCACCAAGGGCUCCUACCUCGCCACCAAAACAAGACUGGUAGAACUUGCCGGCAGUCCUCGCAAGCAGCCCAGAGUUAUGGGGACUGCAUCGUCAGAGACUGAAGAGGGCCACUUGGGUGGCUCUGUCAGGUUCAUGAACCUCAGCACUGAAGCCAAGGAGAGGAUCCUGCAAGCACGAGCAAGAACCACAAGGAUUGUCAACACCCUAAUGACCAGAUACAGUAAUGAGAUACAGGAUGUAGCAGAGGAGGACCAUGUCAUUGAGCCUUUCAAGAAACUCAGCAAGAGACAAAAGAAGAACCUCAAGAAGCUCAAGCAGAGAGGGUCCAAAUCUAAAAAGACACAGGCUAACGUCCCACUAGAAGUGAGCUAUGCCAGCCCCAUCACAUCAGACUCAGAUACAGAGCUCAUCCUUGCCCAGUCCCCUGACAGAUCUAGAGAGUCCUCCCUACCACCACAGCCAGACCCAGCAUCUUACAGUGAAAAAUCUGCAGACCAACCACAGCAGGAAGCGCCACCUAGCAGCUCAUCACAGAACUGGUUCUAUGUCUACAACCCUCAUGGUGAUGCUGCCCUUCAGGAAGUCAAGGACUUCCUGGUCAGUGCUGGUGGGAGUGAGCUUGACCCCUUUAACCUGUCCCUGGUGGCGGACAUCCCGGGGGUGGACGUGUGGGUGGUCAUCAGGAACUCGGACACACCCGACGUGGCGCACAUUCCUAACUUGUACGAGCUCAAAAGGAUGCCAAUGGUGAAGUUUGUUGGUCUGGACUCCAUUGAUGACUUGCGGAACCAGACCUACUGCCAUAUCUUCACACGCGGUGCCAUCGUAGUGCCAGACGAGAAAGUUCUCAUCCAAGCCACUCCAGGAGAGCUGCAGGCUUUGUGCCAGUUUAUAGAGGAGCAGACCUUUGAGAAGGAUGAGCCAUGGACGAUGAAGUUACACUACAGCACUCGCCUCGCCCUGGAGAAGAUGAAGAAUGACAUCACGUUGGACUACGCUCAGCGGGAAGAGUCGUGGAAGAUGCUGAGUUGUCUGGAUCAGUACGUCAGGAAGGGUCUGGCAGAGUACCUCCCACUCCUGCACGGCUGUGGGGAUGGGGACAAGACACCUAUCGAGAUGCUCCCCUGUGUAGCCAAGAUCCAGUUAGAGAACCUGGAGACUUGCAGGCACAUUGUCAUGCUCACAGACCUGGAUCAGUACAGCAAAGAGGCUGACCUGGACCAGAGCAGCGAGCAGGCUGGGAUAUUCUGGAAGGCAGGGAUUGGGGUAACCAGUCUGAAGGAGUUCCUCAGUGUGUUCACUGGCUGGAAAGGGGAACAGAAGGACAGUGGGAAGGAAUUUCAAGGCGAGCAAAGCUUCGCAGACACUCCACAGUCAGACAAGACUGAGCACGCAGAGGUUUCUGGGAGGACAGGAAACCUGAUCGAGAUAUCAACUCUACCAGUGUUGAACGAGAAAGCACAGGAAGAAAAGGUGACAGAAGGAGCAGAGGUUCAAGGGAAGCCUAUCCCGUCACUUGGCUCUGCCACCAACCACAUGCCACUGGUUCCGUAUGUCACUGAAGACUCCCCUGAGGGUCAGCAGACGGUGAGGUCGUCUCAGACAGAUUUUGGGGAGACGGCAGAAUACCAACAGUACUUGGAGGCUGUGUCACCCCAGGUACAGGCCUCGCCACAUGUUUCACCCGGUGCUAAGUUAGUAGUACCCGCGGCAGGACAGUCACCUUCUUCCCAGUGCACUGCACAGGGGCAGACUGCUACUACGCCACAUGAGGUAGCCCACCCACAAGUUCACGUGUCUCCUCUUGCUCGAGAAGCCCCACACACCCAACCCCCUCAGCCCCAGCAACCCCCUCACCCCUCUCCUUACCCGGCCCAAGCUACACAGAGUCCCCACACCCCACUUCCAGCCUAUCCGGUAUCCUCCACCCCAGCCCAGGGCUUCACACCCCAGCCUCCCUACUCCCAGCCUUCGUCUUUCCUGCAACAGUCCCCAGUACCUCAGACAACACCAUCCCCCUCCUACCUACCACAGUCUCCAUACCCUCCUCAGUCUGUACCAUACUCGCCUGCCUACCAUUACCCCCAACAGUCGCCCUCCCCUAUGGCACCUGGUACUGCAGACGGCUCACCACAGGCACAGGCCUUCUCACCGUACCCUCCGUACUAUCCCUGCCAGGAACAAGCCCCCAGCCCUCAAGACCAACCUGGGUACCCACCUCACUUCCAGUUCCCUGAAAGUUAUCCAGAAAUGCACGGACCACCAAUGCAUCCAGGACCUCCAGGGCCAGAGUACUACAUGGGUCCCCCUCCCCCACCCCACCUUAGAGGACCGUUUGCACACUCUCCACUACCGUACGGUGGACCUCCCCCAACUCAGGGGUCGGGGGCUGAAAGUGACCAUUCUCUGAGUCCUGGAGUAGACAUGGAAACAAAACCGGUGGAGAAAAAGCCUCAUCCUGGCUCCACUUCCCCCAGGGCUCGGAUCCAGAGGUCCAAGGCAGCUGCAGGCAAGAGGCCAGUCCGCCCUCCCCCCACCAAAGUCCAACCGCCAACCCCUACACCCACCUAACACAGCUGGUGAUACAGCCAGAACUUUCAAACUGUGGAACAUUGUAACAGUUGUAAAUAUGUAAUAUGCAACAUGUACUAAGGUUCCACUUGAAGUUGUUUCAUGGGACAGGCAUGUGGAAAUUUAUUUUUAAGUAUGACAAAAAUGGCAAUAAUCUGAUCAGUAUGAUUCAGUUUUUACCUAGUGUGGAACUGGUACCAGAAGUGAGGGGAACAUUUUUAUAUGCAGAAUUUCACAGAUCGAGUCAUCUUGACCAAACAUUGUACUUACUCUGCAUAUAUUAAGCAUAUACAUGUAUGUCUAAACCUCUAUGCAGUAGAAGAAAGCAUAGCAGGGAUGUCAACACCUCAGCACAUGGUUAUGUGCUUAAUGCCAAAGGCUUUUCAAAGUGUCAUAGAGAU